CCGGUCUCAGAUAAACUGAAUAUAUUAGACCACUUCUGCUUAUAUAGUGUUUGAAGGAAGGAAGAUCAUGGAUGGACUGGUAUUUUUUUUUAAUAUAUAUAUAUGGGGUGAAUGAAUACGUGUUGUUGAGGACAUCACUUCUUUGACAAGCUCGUCUGCAGCCGCCACAACCCCACCUCUUCUUCUCCUCCACCACCAUCAAGUCUUCUUCUCCAACACUUGAGAGACUCAUUUGUCUCUCACAGCAGCCUUCACCAUGACAACAUUUGACUUCUCGGAUGUAGAGGCGUUUUUGGACUGCCACCCGGAUCUCUUCGAGGAGUACCUCGUUCGAAAGGCGAAAUGUGAUCAGGUAAGCAGGUGGUUGAAGGAGCAUCAGCCGUCGAAGGGGGCCACGGCUGAGGAGAAACGCGGCGCUGCCAGAGACCCUCUCUGGCCCAGCAACCCAGACGGGUUCCGGCGCAGGUCGUCCCACAUGGAGCUGCGACGGAACUUCGCCAGGUCCAAAGCCACCACCGCACACCGGACCUACGACGAGCACGUCAGCCUGAUCGAACACGAGUCCCAGUCCAGCAUGAGGCGCCGCGCGCUCCUGCGUAAAGCCAGCUCUCUGCCUCCGACCACCGCGCACAUCCUGAGCGCGCUGCUGGAGUCCAGGGUGAGUGUGCCACAGUACGCAUCCAGCGCCAUCGACUACAAAUACAGACUCAAAGAAACCAACGAGAGGGAGUUUUUCCUGGAGUUAGUGAAGGACAUCUCCAACGACUUGGACCUGACGAACCUGAGUUAUAAGAUAUUGAUCAACGUGUGUAUCCUGGUGGACGCAGACAGGUGUUCGCUUUUCCUGGUUGAGGGACCCGCGCAUAAGAGGACACUGGUGUCCAAAUUCUUUGACGUGCACUCUGGCACCACAGUCAGACCGUCCUCCAGCACACUCAACUCCAACGAAGUGCAGGUGCCGUGGGGGAAAGGGAUCAUCGGGUAUGUGGCAGAGCAUGGAGAGACUGUAAACAUUCCAAAUGCAUAUGAGGAUCACCGCUUCAGUGAUGAAAUAGACAAGUUAACAGGCUACAAGACCCAGUCCAUCCUCUGUAUGGCCAUCUGUAACAGUGAUGGAGAGGUCAUCGGUGUUGUGCAAGCAAUCAACAAAAACCCCAUGGGCACCCCCUUUACUGAGGAUGAUGAGAAGGUGCUGCAGAUGUAUCUACCAUUCUGUGGAAUAUCGAUUUCCAAUGCCAAGUUGUUUUCGGAGUCUCGCAAAGAGUAUGAAAGGAGUAGGGCUCUGCUGGAGGUGGUCAACGACCUGUUUGAGGAGCAGACUGACUUGGAGAAGAUUGUGAGGAAGAUUAUGCAGCGAGCCCUGACCCUCUUGCAGUGCGAACGCUGCUCUGUGCUUCUCUUAGAGGACAUCGACUCACCCGUUGUAAAGUUCUCCAAGACAUUUGAACUCAUGUCGCCGCUGUGCAACCUGGAGUGUGACAUCAGCAUGGAGAAGCUGUCGUGUUCUGAUUGGCUGAUCAAUAACAGUAUUGCUGAGCUGGUGGCUUCCACAGGACUUCCUGUAAACAUCAGCGACGUGUGUCAGGACCCACGCUUUGAUGCUGAGGCGGACCAGGCCUCAGGGUUUCACAUCAGAUCAGUGUUAUGUGUGCCUAUUUGGAACCGGACUCAUCAGAUAAUUGGCGUCGCACAGAUUCUGAACCGUCUGGACAGGAAGACUUUCAACGACGCAGAUCAGCGACUAUUUGAGGCAUUCGUUAUAUUUUGUGGACUUGGAAUCAACAACACGAUGAUGUACAAUCAAGUUAAGAAGACUUGGGCCAAGCAGUCUGUCGCACUGGACAUGUUGUCCUACCAUGCUACCUGCUCAAAGGUAGAAGUUGAUAGACUCAAGGCAGCCAAGAUCCCUCUGAGCAACGAGUUAGGCAUCGAUGAGUUUCAUUUUAAUGACUUCUCUUUGGACAAUGACGCCAUGAUUACCGCCUCACUGCGAAUGUUUCUGGAUCUUGGAGUUGUGCAAAAGUUUAAAAUUGACUACGAAGUGUUGUGUCGCUGGCUUCUGACUGUGAGGAAGAACUACCGAACUGUGGUCUACCAUAACUGGAGGCAUGCCUUUAAUGUGUCCCAGUGUAUGUUUCUUAUGAUCACAACAGCCAAUUUCAAGGACGUGCUGUCCGACGCAGAGAUCCUGGCCCUGAUGGUUGGCUGCCUGUGCCAUGACUUGGACCACAGAGGCACCAACAAUGCAUUUCAAGCCAAGACAGGUUCUGCUCUGGCUUUGCUCUAUGGGACGUCAGCCACGCUGGAGCAUCAUCACUUCAACCAUGCAGUCAUGAUCCUUCAAAGUGAGGGUCACAACAUCUUUGCAAACCUCUGCUCUAAAGAGUACAGCAACAUGAUGCAACUAUUGAAGCAGGCUAUUCUAUCCACAGACCUUACUUUGCACUUUGAGCGCAGAACAAAAUUCUUCAAGUCUGCUCUGUCCGGAGGCUUCAGCUGGACAGAUGACGGACACAGAGAAGUUCUCAGGUCGAUGCUGAUGACAGCGUGUGAUCUGGGUGCCGUCACACGUCCUUGGAAAAUUUCCAAACAGGUUGCAGAGCUGGUGACGAGUGAAUUCUUUGAACAAGGUGACAGGGAGAGGUCAGAGCUCAAGUUGACCCCAGCAGCCAUAUUUGACCGUAAUCGCAAAGAUGAACUACCCGCCUUACAGAUGGAUUGGAUAGAUGGGAUCUGUAAACCACUUUUCCAGGCACUGCUGAAGCUUAACAGGAAGUUGCAGCCGAUGGUCGAUGGGAUUGAUGCCAAUCGGAAAAAGUGGCAAGGGCUCUGCUCCUCCUACCAGCAGACACGCAGAGAAUCUGUGUCCAAUCAGAGCUCAGAGUCAGAUCAGAGCCCUGAGUCCCAUGAGCAGUCAGAGAGCAGUCAACAGCAGGAGUCCAAAGAGACUGUGAAACCAAUGGAAAAUGCCAAGUUUGGAUUAAAGUCCAAGUGCUGUCAGGAUGUGAAAUGCAGAGUUGGCAAAGAUUGCUGUGAUGAUCAGCCAGCAUCAGCUGGUAACACAACAUGUGCAGGAAAGAAAUGAUGCACACACUGUGUUCAGUAUCGGAUUAUCGAUUAAAUGACUCACAUGGGAUUGUUCCUGUGUGCUCUGUGAUUUUCUAUCAUUCUACAUGCACUACACCCUGAAAUGAUGAUGAUGAUUAUUUAAUCUGGUUAAAUUGAAUCUAGGUUUUUUUUUUUCCUCUUCUCCCAAGUGUCACUGUGUUUAACUCAGGAGCCUGAACAAUUCCUGUUUAUCAGACUCUGUUUAAAGGGCAGUAUCCCACUAUCUAUCUAUCUAUCUAUCUAUCUAUCUAUCUAUCUAUCUAUCAUUUUUGGAGAUGUAUUAGAAUGAGAGACUCCUGAUAAAAACCAAAGAUGGCCACUCAUUUCAGUAAUUGUGGAAACUGCCUGAAAACACAAGCCUAUUGUAUUGGAAUGCCUUUACAAAACAAAAAGGAAUCACUGUGAUUUCUCUCUGUUACAUAAUGAAUGUAGACCAGAGCCUUGAUCUUGUUCCUGAAUGUUUCUUUCUUACCUCAGUUGCAAAUAUUUGGCUGCAUGGCUUUGUAUUUUCUGUAUGUGUAGGUUGACUUUUGUGAAUUGCAUGUUUGUAUCCUGUGCCCAUGUAUCCUCCUAAAUCUUUGAACGAUGACAUGGAGGAGUGUAUAAGGAACUUAUUGUAAAUAUUUUGUUGCAGUUUUUUGUUUUUCAUUAGAAUUAUUCUUUAUUUAAGAAAAAGGUCGUCUGUCUUUAAAGAAAUAUAUAACAUGUCUGAUGGACUUUCUCCUUAAAUGUGCCAUUUACUUGCAAAGUUUGGUCAAUUUCAUCGUUUAACUGCACACGACAGCAUGAAAAACCUCCAUGAAACUGAGCUUUGCCUCCGGACGACUUCGCCUCUCACUGCAGAACGUGUGAAUAUAAAGUGCACAGCUACUGAUUUCCUUUUUGUUGAAAUGUAUGUGUUUUGUAAUUUGGACUGAACAGCAUGCCGAUUAUGUUGGAACUGCAUGCAUCGUGUUCGAUGUUGACUCUGGACUUGAUCUUGAUGCCUUUGACUGCCCAAUGAGAUUUGCUUUGCAUGGCAUUGCAGCGAGGGAAGGUGUUGUAAAGUGAGAAUGCUGUAUUGUUGCCGAGAACAGAUUUCUAUUUUCGAUCACACACUGUACCAAAAGGAUACAUUUAUUAUUUUCAUACACCGGACUAUAUUUAUGCAAAAUGUAAAAUUGGCAUUUUUUUCCCUGCUAUUUAUACACAAUCGACUAAAAAUAUCUUAUUAGAGAAGACAAGAAAACAGAAAAUUAACUCCAGAUUGUUUUGUGAAUAAAAUG